AGGUUCACUAGGCAGUCUUGACAAACGCAUGCGCAAUUACGUACGUUAGAACUUCGACUUGAUCGAUCGAACAAUACACUGCAGUAAUUAAUUCAGACACUCUGUUUCACAAGCAACAGGAAGGAGUUCGCGGCUGUUUACCGAAUGGUGUAACCACACGCCGCAUGAAUUAUAGUUUUUGACAUUAACCGUGUUAUUUGUCAUAUAUAUAUAGACUCUGUCUCAGGUCAGGACAACUUUCUAUAUGUGUCAGCUACUGUUUGCUUAAUUUCGACCGACAAUAUGACGAACUCAGUGGAUAUUUCAGUUAAUGAAGUAAGGAAUGAACCAUGCGUGGACAAAGAAGCUAUGGACAUCUGCUUCGAUCAUUUGAUUUGACAGCAUACGUCGCUGUGUUAAGAACACUCCCUCGAAAAUAUGCGACAGUCGGGUCACUUGAUAACACCAGACAUUCGGUGCAGUGAAGUCAGCUGGGCAGCAGUAGCCUGAGCAGACUAGGCGACAGGCCUUGUUCACGUGUUCAGUGAGUAUAUUGACGUAAGGAUAUUUCCAAGCAGGCUAAUAUGUUCACGCGUGUGUUGUCUUCAUAACUUGUUCAAAUGAUAUUACUGAACAUGUGUAAACAUUAUCAUCUCCGUAUACCUGUCACAUUCGCAAGUUAAAAACCACGCCUCUUGCUAUACACACCGGUGUUUAUACUGUCAACGUGAACCCAGUUGUCAAGUCGGUCAUAUAAAACUGUCAUGGAGGUGCUACAGGGAUUGUAUGACGAAUUUCUUAGCUGUAGUAUAUGCUUGGAAACGUUCAGUGAUCCAAAGCAGCUUCCGUGUCUUCACAACUUCUGUAAAAAAUGUCUCCACAACCACAUCAUCAGGAGAGUCGGGGACGGUAGAAUUCUCUCCGUUCCGAGAUCAACUUUCCCAUGUCCAAUAUGCAGAAAGCCGGCAAGACCCGCGAACGCUGAUCCUCGGAAACUAGCAGACUGGGUGGAUUCAUUUCCAUCCAACUUCUUCAUAAUAAGUCUUCUGGAAAAUCUGGAUUCUCAAAAGAAUGCACAAAGAGAGUCUGGUAACACGGGAUCUGCUGACAGGGAAUCUGCUGUACACGAAUAUUGUUCUCGACAUUCGAGUAUUCGCAUGACGAAGUACUGCAGCAGACGAUCUGUUGGCGUGUGUGAAGAAUGCGAAUCAACGCUCAACCAUCGCGAGUGUCGUGAUGACCAUCUUACACCGGCGCUGGCUAAGGACAUUGCAGAAAAAAGAUUGACCGUCUUCAAGGAAAAAAUUAAAGAACUUAGCAGCCAGGUCGGAAAAACCCAGGAGCAAUUUGCCAAUAAACCAAAUGAUUUGAAGUUUAAAAAAGAGGAAUUAACUGCAGAAAUUUCUGAACGGUUUGCAAUUGUAAAAAGCCAAGUAACAAAGUUGCUUUUAGACAAGGAGAGGGAAUGCUUGAAGACACUUUCUGAGAUUGCACACACGGAGGAAGCAAAUGUAUCUGACGGAGUUGACGAAUGCAAGUCACUUGUGGACAAGCUGGAAGGAACUCAGAAGCUGUUUGAUAAUUUGUUGAACAGUGGGCCUAUUGGAUCGCUGUGUGUCAUAGACAAUGUUGAGAAGGAAAUUACAAACUAUGUGAACGUAGCUAAACAGUUGGAAUUAAAAGAAAAGAGCAUCCAGUUAAGAUUUGUCUCCGAAAGUAAUGUCGAUAGCUUGCUUCAGAAAGUUGUUGUUGGGCAUAUUGAAACUAGUAGCGGUAAAAACGAAUUAUCACAUGGAAGCAGUUCACCAAAUGCAUUGUCUGGAAGGUGUUUUCAAACAGAUUUGGAUACCUGUGCGGAUUGUACGGUUAUGCCAUCUAGUCCAGGAUCUCCGACAGAUGAAGGACUGUCGAUGAACGAAAAUGCAUGUCAGCAGGUUCGGGGUUUUUUGGACCAUCGCGGCCACACAGUAGCGCUACCAAUUCCAUACCCAGUUUCACUGCCCACGUUUCGUGUUCCUCCGCCACCUUUCGGAAACCGACGAAGCAACAGUUCGGGAAGAAAUCGCCCUUCCUCAAGAAGUAACAGUUGUGGAUUGGAUAUGCGACUAAUCAGUACCUUCAAUGGUAUUACCACAGAAGAUCGCCGCGUACCACAAUUUGUCGGCAUUUGCCAGGUGAACGAGGACACAUUUGUUCUUGCUGACCGGUGGAAUAAAAAGCUGAAGCUUGUCAGGUUGAAUGGUGAUAUUGUGUUUUGCCUCGAGUUUGGAGAGAAUAUGGAACCGUGGGAUAUUACAAAAGUUUCAGACUCCAAAAUAGCCGUAACCUGUCCUAGCUAUCGCCACAUUAUUAUGGUGGCCGUCAAAUCUCAAAGCAUGGACGUGGCGGAGUAUCUUCGUACCGACAUUGGCUAUUGCUCGCUUGUCUUACUGGAAGAUAACAAGUUUGCUGCAGGAACCUGCAGACCAUUCAGUGACCCUAAGGUUGACCUACUCGAUGCAAGAGGCAAUCUCCUGAUGACAUUGAAUCUUCCAUCCAUAAUAUACCCACGAACACUCGACAAAACAUCAGAUGGCUGCCUUGUAAUCAGUGACUGGACGAACAAAGAAGUAGUCGUUCUGAACAAGGACUAUCAAGUUAACUUUACUUACAGUGGUUUUGAUGCAGAGAAACCCUUUACCGAACCAACAGGUCUCGCCCACGAUGAAGCCGGGAAUAUCCUAAUUUCCGAUCAUAAAAGAAGAGCCAUUCAUUCCAUUUCUGGAAACAACGGCCAAAAGCGAGGUAUUUUCUUCUUGAAAAUGCCACAGAUUCCAAAAGUGAUCGCCGUUGUUAAAGCUAGCUCCAAGUUCAGCAAAAAACACCAAGUGCUGGUCGGAGCUACGGGUGGAGGCGAAAUUCAAGUGUUUGAUUUGCUGAGACUAUACGUUUGAAAUUAUCAAUUCUCGCCAACAAAUAACAACAAAAAUCGGGAACAUUACGUAAUGGAAAAUUCAUCUUGUUCUAACACACACUAAUAUUUGGAUACUAUAUUACGCACCGGAAGACACACCAAGUCGUGUUGCGUUAUUUUUAGCUUGUGUAAAAUUAAUUACAUGCAUUAUAAUUUAAUUUAGCUGUUUGAAGUGGAUUAUUAACCACACACUAACACGAACAAAACAUCAUUAACACGUGAAAUGAUAUUCGUGAUCAGUUCAUAUUCAUUAUGGAGUCUGCACAUCUGCAUUGGUCUGGCUCGUGUAGGGAUGAACAAAUAAUUGUCCAAACUUGUGUUCCGGCUUUCCAGCAACGUGUAUUUGAUUUUGUACGCUUCAACCACAUCUUUGUAUGUAUGUAUGUAUGUAUGUAUGUAUGUAUUGAUGUAUGCAUAUGUAUGUAUGUAUGUAUUAUAUAACUGAAUAUGCUAACUACACCUUUUUUAAGACCUAACCUUCAUUUCUGUAUUAUAUAUUAUACUAACAACAAAAGAAACGCAAAUAUUAA